AUGGAUCCUUUCUGCCAUAUACUUCUCAGAUUUGGUGCUACAUCAUGUUCGGCUUACCAUGCAUUUUCUGAUAAUACCUUCAAUGCCCAGUAUAAAAUGAAGGCCUUGGAGAUUGUUGAGAAGGCAACAGAUGCUAUCCUCACCCGCAACUUCCACCAGGUUUGUGAUAAUGCUUCUUUUUCAGGUUUCCUUGUGCAUCCAAAGGAUCAAGGAAUUCAAUUGAAAACUUGUACACCUAUUCUUGAUGGGGUUUUGAUGAAGUUGGAUGGGAAUUGCAUUUGUUUGAAUUUUCUGUUAGUUCACGGUGGUUGUUGUUGA